AUGGGUAAUUAUAUCGUAAAAAAAGAAUCAUCGAACACGGAAAAUCCAGUUCGAAGGAAAACUCGCUUUUCCACACAACUCACUUCAAAUGAUGUCGCCACUCUUCAAUCAGAAUAUAACUUGAAUGAAAAUGAAGUUGAAGAAUUGCGUCAUAAAAUACGUCGUGCUUCAAUUCAAUCUAUUCCGAAACAUUUUCCUUUCGUCUAA